CUCACAGGUAGAUGCACUACAAAAACGGGGAACGUUCAGCCAUUAUGCCGAGAUGAUGACUGCGGGAGGCUUCACAUAGAAAUUCACACGCGACAAAACCUGGAUUUACGGAGCUCACCCUUGCGCUCAGGUAUCAAAUUAAAGGUGUUGAUACCUCUCGCCGCCCGCGUGUCACCUCUCCGGCGUACCUGUAAUUACCGACCUUUAGUUUUCUCUAGUAUUAGAUUAGUUUUUUAGCUGUGUUCGUGUACAGAUGACGGCGCAGGUAGAUUACCUGGUGGUGAUUUUCACCGCCACAUCUGGCGCGAGCGGAGAGCUGCUGGGAUCCGACGAGAAGGAGUUCGUGCAGGUGGUUUGGCAGCUGGUGGAUGUAAAGAACAAAAAGUUAGGCAAGGUGAAUGAGCUCCUCAUUAAGCCUGACCUCUCAGACUUGACUGAGGAGAAAAAGGAGGAGGAUGUGGUGGAGGAGAGUGUUGAAGAGGAGAAUGGAUCUGGAGCAGACUGUGUCUUUACAGCCACAAGUCUUGAGAUGGCUUUAAACCAGUUUCAUCUACAACUGACAAACGAGAUGAACAGUGUGGGCGCAGGCACGUCGAUGUGUUUAUGUACAGACGGGCAGCUUCACAUCCGUCAAGUUAUUCACCCUGAGGCUGCAAACAAGAACAUCCUGGUCCCAGACUGUUUCUAUUCUUUCUUUGACCUUCGGAAAGAGUUCAGGCAGCACUUCCCAACAUCUGACCUCAAGGCACUGAAUGUUCACAUCAUGGCAGAUUCACUUAGAAUACCCAUUGAUGUGCCUGCCAUGUUGGAUCACUUGGCCGCUCUGGAUCCGUCAGCCAUAUUGCCUGCAGAAAUAGCAGUGCAGCAUGUUCAUAUUAUGGCCAGCAUUGUCCUUGCCCUGCUUUCUGAGCCAUUUUGUCACAUGUUUUCUAACCCAGAGAGAGUAAGUGAGAAGUUUGAGACUGGCACUUGCAGUAAGAUGGAGAAAGUGUGUGACAACACAGUGAUCAGAGCCAGAGGGUUGCCAUGGCAGUCUUCUGACCAGGACAUUGCUCGAUUCUUCAGAGGACUCAACAUUGCCAAAGGAGGGGCUGCACUGUGUCUCAAUGCUCAAGGGAGGAGGAACGGAGAAGCUCUUGUUCGUUUUGUCAGUGAAGAACACAGAGAUCUGGCUCUGCAAAGACACAAACACCAUAUGGGCAACAGAUACAUAGAGGUUUACAAAGCAACAGGAGAGGACUUCCUGAAGAUAGCUGGAGGUACCUCCAAUGAGGUGGCAAUGUUCCUGUCCCGAGAGGACCAGAUCAUAGUGAGGAUGCGAGGUCUUCCUUUCACCGCUACACACGAGCAGGUGCUUGCCUUCUUCAACUCGGGAGAUGGUUGUAAAGAGAUGUGUCCAGUCAGCGGAGGGAAGGAUGGCAUCUUAUUUGUUCGCUACCUGGACGGGCGUCCCACUGGUGAUGCCUUUGUUUUGUUCGCCUGUGAGGAACAUGCCCAGUGCGCUCUGAGGAAACACAAAGAAAUCCUGGGAAAAAGAUACAUCGAGCUGUUUAAGAGUACAGCAGCAGAGGUCCAACAGGUGCUGAACCGAUACUCAACCGCCCCUCUGAUCCCUGCUGCCCCUGCCCCCUUGGUGUCAGUGCUGCCUGCAGUCUCUCUCCUGCCCCCUCCUGGUGGUGUGAGGGACUGCCUGAGGCUGAGGGGGCUGCCUUACACCGCAAGCAUAGAGGACAUCCUCACCUUCCUGGGCGAGUUUACACACGAUAUCAGACCACAUGGUGUGCACAUGGUCCUCAACCAGCAGGGUCGUCCGUCGGGUGACUGCUUCAUCCAGAUGACCUCAGCAGAGAGAUCACUUCAGGCCUCACAGCGGCUAAACAAGCUCGUGAUGACCAGCCAGCGUGGGGCGAACAGGCGCUAUGUGGAGGAGGUGUUUCCCUGCAGUGCCGAUGAGAUGGGCCUAGUGCUGAUGGGAGGCCCGCUUUCACACAUGCAUACACACACACAUAACCGGAGCAGGAGUGGGACAGGGCUCAGCCCGCCGCCAUGUAAGCUCCCCCUGAUCUCUCCUGUCCAGGUGCCAUCCUACUCUUCCCCCCCGGCACCACCGGUCCUGUCCACAGAGGCAGCUGCUGCCCUCUACCCUCCUGUUGGUCAGGUGUUGCUAGCCCCUCGCCAUCUGCCUCCAGGACAUGCCUACUAUCCCGGCACAGGUCAGCUAUACAUGAACUACGCAGCCUACUACCCCAGUCCACCUGGCUCACCUACAACCAUAGGUUUCUUCCCAUCCCACUCUUCCCUUUCCACCCCAGGGGGGUUGGUGCGCAUGCCAGGUUUGACCUACAACAGUAAUGAAGUUAAAGACCUCAUUAAUGCAGUGCAGGGAUACCAGUACGCCCCAGAGGAAGUUCUCAUGCACGCCCAUGGGCCUGUGCAUGCUCAUAACCCAGCCAGGACGUUGCUUACGCAGCCCAAAGAAUGGGUGUGUAUUUAAGGUGUCUGAGGCAGGUGGCAGCAGAGUCCUGUGGAGUCCAUUUCUCUCCUGAGCAGCAGUCUGAUUGGUCAGUCCAGUGGAGGAGAUGCUCCUCUCAUGUCC